AUGGCAAAGUAUAAGGUGGACAAGGAUUUGGGUUGUGGUUUCAUGGGUGGGAUUUUCCAGUGCAGAAGCUACUGGUCUAGAAAAUCCUCUGUUCAUUCACUACCUUCAAACAGUAGCAAAAAUGAUUUGAAAGCACCAAUCAAUGAUGAUUAUUCUACAAAGUCUGAAGAAUCCAAGAGCCAACAACCCAAAUCCACAGAGGCUGCUAUUGUAGUCUCCUCCAAUUCAGGUAGACCUUCUCCGAAUCGAGACUCGAAACAUGCCAGGAGGCCUAGCUUGGGUCAUCCAAGGCCUUCAGCUUGUCACCAGAAGGUUCAACCGAGAAGGCAUUCAGAUGCUGGAAGAAGGUCAACAUCUUCAUCCAAUGGUACUUCAAGCCAAAUCAAGGUGUUGCAAAUCCAGGACUUGUCGAAAGAGGCGAAGCUACAAAGGGCAUCCACUACUAGCUCUGCAGAGCUCAGUAGGAAGAUCACUGAUCACCAGCAAGCCAAUGAAAGCAAACCUCUGGUCCGAGCCACUUCAAGUAAUAUGGUGCUUUCAGGACAGUUGGGGAACUUGAGACAGCCCGGAGUUUCGAAUCAGGCGGCAAGCAAUAGUCCCAUUGCCACAAUCAAGACUCUGACUUAUCAUCCUAGAAAUCUUGAAGACUCGAAUUCGACACCUACCCGAAAAAAUGGAUUUGGAAAAGUAGGAGGCAAUGUUGUGAUGGGUAACAUUGUGAGGAAGAACAGUGAUGAGUUUGGAGGUCUUGCCUGGAACAAGUUAGACCCUGAGGUGUUGAAGUCCAUGGGAAAUGAGGCAUACAAACAGGGCAGAUUUGAAGAGGCCUUGGCUUGUUAUGACCGAGCAAUUGCUUUGGAUUCAAAUAAGGCUACUUAUCACAGCAAUAAAGGAGCAGCUUUGGUUGGUUUAGGCCGUCUUAUCGAGGCGGUUUUCGAAUGCAAAGAAGCGAUCCAGAAUGAGCCUUCUUAUCACAAAGCUCAUCAUCGGUUGGCAACAACUUAUCUCAGAUUGGGAGAAGCAGAGAAAGCAUUGGAUCACUACAAACACUCGGGCCCAUAUGCUAACUCGAAAGACGUCGACCAAUGUCAGGCUCUUCAAAAAUGCCUCAGCAGAUGCACUGAAGCUCAGAAAUUACAAGAGUGGAAUAUUUUGCUGAACGAGACCCAGCUGGCAAUUUCCUCAGGUGCCAAUUCAGCUCCACAGGUCUUUGCUCUACAAGCUGAGGCCUUGCUGAAGCUUCACAGACAUCAAGAGGCCUAUGCCACCUACCAAAAACGACCCAGUUUCAGCAUUGAUAUAUGCACCAAGUUCUUUGGCUUGGCAAGUAGUGCUUAUCUGUUAAUGAUUGGGGCUCAGGUUUACUUGGCUGCUGGCAGGUUUGAAGAUGCUAUAGCUGCAGCUCAGAAUGCAGCACGACUCAAUCCAAGUGACAAGAAUGUCACUGCGGUGGUGAAGAGGGCUCGAGCUGUUGCAUCAGCCCGAGUGAGUGGUAACCUUCUCUUUAAGGCAUCGAAAUUUUCGGAAGCAUGUGUAGUGUAUAGUCAAGGACUGCAGCAUGAUCCACACAACUCAGUUUUACUAUGCAACCGAGCAGCUUGUCGUACUAAACUGGGACAAUUUGAAAAGGCCAUUGAUGAUUGCAAUGCAGCACUUAAUGUGCUGCCUUCUUACAGCAAGGCUAGGCUGCGCCGGGCUGAUUGCAACGCCAAGUUAGAAAGGUGGGGGGCUUCAAUUCAAGAUUAUGAAGUUCUGAUAAGAGAAACUCCUGGAGAUGAGGAAGUUGGCAAGGCUUUGUUUGAAGCCAAGAUCCAGCUCAAAGCACAACGCGGCGAAGAUAUUAAGGACAUGAAAUUUGGUUCAAAUUUGGUCCUCAUCUCCAGCAAUGAGCGCUUCAGACAUUUUGUGACCUCUCCAGGGAUGUCUGUGGUGCUGUUUUGUAGCAAAACCAAACAAAAGCAAGUGUUGCAAGCCCUGCAUCAAGUCUGCACAAGAUUCCCAUCUGUCAAUUUUCUCAAGGUGGAGGUGGAAGACCAUCCAUACUUGGCCAAAAUGGAGGAUGUGAGCACAAUCCCAGCCUUCAAGAUAUACAAAAAUGGAUCAAGGGUCAAAGAAAUUCCAGGCAGCAACCAUGAAUUAUUAGAAAGCUCAGUCAAAUUGUACAGCAGUUGA